UGUUGAUGAAUGUAAAAAUGGCGGGAUUUUUUCUGCCUUCAUCAAAUGUGAUAUGACUUUUUUGUCUGUUGGUUCUUGAUUGAAUCUUUUCGAUAAAUGAUCGACAAGUGACAUAUUACGAUUCAAUAAAUAUGGGAAUACAAGGUUUAUUACCAUUAAUGAAAGGUGCUGAAACAACUGUUUCCCUUUCUAGACUUCAAGAUACUGUAGCUGCUGUUGAUACAAAUGGAUGGAUACAUCGCGCCUGUUAUAGUUGUGCUGAUCGUAUCUAUAUGGGGGAACCGACUGAAAUGUUUAUCCAUUAUUGUCUUAAUUUUUGUAAAAUAUUAGAAAAACAUCGUAUCACACCUAUCCUUGUUUUUGAUGGACAAAGUCUUCCAGCCAAAUCUGAAACAAAAUUAGCCAGACAAAAACGUAAACAGGAAAAACGUGAAGAGAUUGAAGUAUUGUUACGCAAAGGUCGUGAAAGUGAGGCCCGUUGGCUUAUGCGACAAUGUGUUGAUGUCACUUUUGAAAUGUGUCGUCAAGUGAUUGAACGUUGUCGCCAAAAACAAAUUGAUUGUUUGGUGGCACCGUUCGAAGCUGAUGCUCAAAUUACCUAUUUAGUUAAUAAUAAUUUAGCUGACUAUGCAAUUACUGAAGAUUCUGAUUUGUUAGCAUUUGGUUGUAAACGAGCUUUGUAUAAAUUGGAUCGAGAAUUUGAACGUGGUAAAAUGAUUGAUAUGAGUCAUUUGAACCGAUGUUUCAAAAAUUUGAAUUUAAGAAAAUUUCAACUCAUGUGUAUUCUAUCUGGUUGUGAUUAUGUUUCCAACAUUCCUGGCAUUGGGAUUGGGCGUGCUCGAAAAUUUUUCGAAUCUUUUAUUGAAGAUCCAACCGCUGAGAAUAUGCAUGUAAUCUUACAAAAAUUACCCUCUGUUUUGAAAAUGAACGGCAAAAUUAAUGUUACAAACGAUUAUAUUGAAGACUUUAUUCGUGCUUCUAACACAUUUGAUCAUCAAAUCGUUUACUCACCUCAAUUCGAUCGAUUAGUCUAUCUGAAUCCAUUGAAGCAAAAUAUCGAUCCCAAUGAAUUGAAAUUAUAUGGUGGAAAUUUUUUUUCUAAUGGUGAAGAGAAAUUGGACAAUAAUCUUAAAUUUGUCACGAAUUAUGUAUUAGGAAACGUGUGCCCAAAAACCUUGAGUAUUUUAGAUUCAUUCAUUCCUCAAAGUUUAACCAUUUGGCAUUCACCAGAAUUCAACGAACGUAUUAGAUCACAGAUGUCAAAUCGUAAUCUCGAAUUAAUCAUUCAAAAUGGUGAUAAAAAAGAAGAAAAACGUAUCUCAAAAAUCAGCCCAUCAAAAGUCAAAAGCCCAAAAUUGAAAAACAAUGGUAAUGAAAUUAUUGAUAGUGGGAAAUCUGAGAAGAACGAAAAUGAUACAAAUCGAAAAACAAAAACUUCGAUUCAACGACGAUAUACCCGUAAUGUAUUUCGCAAACGUACGGUAGUCGAUGAUGGUAUUGUAAAGAAAUCUAAAUAUUUUUUACACGAAAAAAUUGAUGAACAAACUGACAAUAGUGAUGCAGAGAGCUAUCUUCCUCAGCCAAAAAAAUCUCGACCAGAAUCUUUACAAAUUUCGACUGAAGAAUUGAAUCAAUCGUUUUCAUCAAUUGAGGAAGAAGAAGUCAGAACAUUACAGCUAUUGAAUAGUUGUCAGAUUGAUAAACCUAUUGCGAAAAGUUCAUAUCGACAAUCCUAUUCUCUAUCUUCAACACAAACAUCGCAAUCAACAUCGACAUCUAAUUCUCCAACUGAAUUACAAAUGUCCUCAUCAGAUCUAUUUAAUAAAUUAAUCACAUUAUCGAACACUCCAGAUCGUAACGUCUCAAAGAAAAAUACUCGAACAAAAUCCUCUUCGUCAGAAACAAAAAUCACUGCCACUGAUAUUCGUAAAUUUUUUCCAAAAAUUUCUCCAUAAUUGUAAUUUUAUUUUUC